ACAAAUAAAUUUAGUGGGUUAUUUAAUUAAUUUUGUUUCUAUGAAAGAAGAUGUCAUUGGAAAGUUUCUCUUUUUUAAAUAGGCAUUUAAUUAGCCUGUGUGUUACUGGUCGGACAAAAACUCCUGCUGGGAGACCCCACUGGGGAAUAGAUGCCGGAGAGACGGCCAAUAUGCAAAUAUAAUGACUGCACUUUCUUUGUUGGGUGACCGUGGUGCAUUGCUUGAUUAUGAGCCCUAAUCCAAUCAUAAAUUGCCCCCCUGCACCAAUCAGAAGGGACCAGGGCUCUCUGUGAAUGAAGCUCAAGUAGAGAACUUUGUCUGGGACCCAUUGUUGGAGCUGUCACAUUUGAAAAGGCUUUAGGGAACUGACCAGUAUAAAACCAAGAUCCUGGAGGGUCGGCAGCAAAACAGAGCCAGGGCUGGAGACUACACGCUCGAGACUUGUCUGUUGCACUCUGGGACAGUGAAGAGAAAUUAGAAAAAGAUGAUGUUCCCAAGCCUCUUAGCCCCCCCUGCGGUGUACCCCAAUUUACUGAGACCCACCGCAACUCUGACGCUGCCGCAGUCUAUCCAGACAGCCCUGUCCAACCACACCAGCUUUUUGAUAGAAGAUUUGAUCAGGAUCAGCCGACCAGCAGGAUUCCUGCCCAGGACUGUCCCACCUCCCAACAUGUCCCCUCCAACCUCUGAUAGUCCCACCUGCAUGAGCGAGACACCAGACUUGGCAAGAAGAGAGAGUCCAAACCAGACGUCCAUCUCUUCCAGCAACAGUUCCACUUUCCUGAAGUUUGGAGUCAAUGCAAUCCUCUCCUCCAGCCCCAGGACAGAGUCGGCACCAGCCUUGCCCCCCAGCGCCCAUCCCAAGGCCUUCACCUUCCCUUACUUUGAAGGAUCCUUCCAGCCCUUCAUCAGAUCUUCCUAUUUCCCAGCUUCCUCGUCGGUGGUGCCCAUCCCUGGCACAUUCUCUUGGCCCCUGGUUGCCCGAGGGAAGCCCCGCCGGGGCAUGUUGCGCAGAGCCGUGUUCUCAGACGUCCAACGCAAAGCUCUAGAGAAGAUGUUCCAGAAGCAGAAAUAUAUCAGCAAACCGGACAGAAAGAAACUGGCUGGGAAGCUGGGGCUGAAAGACUCUCAGGUAAAAAUUUGGUUCCAGAAUCGGCGAAUGAAAUGGCGAAACUCCAAGGAAAGGGAGCUGCUGUCCUCUGGAGGGUGCAGGGAGCAGACACUACCCACCAAAUUUAACCCCCACCCAGACCUCAGUGACGUGCUCAAGAAAUCCUCAGGGGAGGGGCCAUUGUGCCCAGGAAACAGCCCCGCCCACGCCUUGCCUUGCCCAGAGCACCAUUUAAGACUCGACUCCCACCUUCCACCCUCCCCUUUUAACUCCAGCAGCGCCAGUAAACCCUCAGACUUCUCGGACUCCGAGGAAGAGGAGAUCACAGUCUCCUAAUUACUGCCCCCUAUAAAGACUUUGUAAAUAUGUAAAAACAAAUAAUUAUAUUUUAUAUUGUAUAAUAAUUGGAGAGCCGGGCCUUCUUUGAGCAUUCCCGCAUCUUUUGCCUUCCCGCCACCAAAUCCUGUAUAGACUGAUAGUGACGGGGAUCCACAAUAAGAUACUUUAGCCCCCUGGUGGUUAAUAUUAAAGGGAAAAUACACCCUGCAUUUCAGGGUGGAACUGCCAUACUGCUUCCCUUAGCACAUUAUUAUUAUUAUCAUUUUAAACAUAAUUCCAGAUAUAGAGAGACUAGAGAUGCUCACUGUAUCCUCAUAGUGAAAGGUAUUGAGCAUUCCUUCUCUGUAUAUGUGUUUUUAUGUAUGGAAAUGGGAGCUGCCAUGUUGAUUAUCAUUUAGCUGCUGGUGAAUGUGCUGCUGUAGGGAUGGUGCUGACAGCUGAUGACCACUAGUUGGUGCUGUUGUGCAUCUGUAGAGAAAGAAUACUUCUAAUAUUAGACUUUAGCUAAUAAGAAAUGAUUUACUCUUGUGUUGAUGCCACGGGAAGGUCCUCUCUGAUGAAGAAUUUGCUGUUGUUACACAGCCGUGUGUGAACUGUACAUUACUGUACAAAGCCGAUGUAUGGGGGUUUUAUUCCAGUUCUAUCGUAUAGACAAUUCCUACGUCUGGUUCUGGUCUUUUGCUUUGUUCGUUUUUUCCUCGUAACUUAUGGAAAGAGACGUUUAUGUUGUAUAAAUGUACAGAAUAUCAGUGUACAUAGUGUGUAUAUAUGACUGAUGAUGCCAAAUAACAAUUAAAC